GUGUAGCGUCCAUCGGGAUGGCGAUAUGGUCACUGACUGCCCAGUACGGUUCAGAGAAGAUGACCCACCUCACAGACUCCGACAUCUUCAGGUUACUGAGCAUCCUUGCCAUAGCGGGUGGUGUUUCUAAUCUCAUCAUUGGAAUAUUUGGUUUCCGUUGCAUUCUUGCAGAGGAAAAGCGCUUCAUGAUAUCUGUAC